CCACCCUCAACUCCUCACUCCUCUUCCUCAAUCCUCACCCCGAGCAAAAAAUUCUUCUGAUCCCCGACCACUCCCGACCCACUCCACUCCCCGAUCACAGAGCCAUGGCGGGCGGCAAGACGCACACGCACAAGGCCUUCCUGCUCUGCAACUACGCGCUACUCGGCGCGGCCUCCAGCUGCAUCUUCCUCACGCUCUCGCUGCGCCUGCUCCCCACCCCGUGCGGUCUGCUCCUCGUCUUCCUGCACGCCCUCACCGCCGUCUUCUCCGCCGCCGGCUGCUUCGGCUCCUUCACGGCCGGCCCGGCGCCCUGGCACACCGCCCACACCGCGGGCGCCGCGCUCACGGCCAUCUUCCAGGGCGCCGUGGCGCUGCUCGCCUUCACCCGCACCGCCGACUUCCUCGCCGAGCUGCAGUCCUACGUCCGCGACGACGACGGCGCCGUCAUCCUCAAGAUGGUCGGCGGCCUCGGCACCGCCAUCUUCGUCCUUGAGUGGGCCGCCCUCGCGCUCGCCUUCUCCCUGCGGCUUGAUGAUGAUGAUGGCGAGGAUUACAGCGGGGACGACGACCUCCGCCGCGCCAAGAACUGGGCCGACUCGUACCAUGUCUGACUGAGAGCUCCGCGUCCAGGCUUCGUGCGUGCUCGCGCGCGUCGUGGUCCACCGGCUGCCGCCCUCCUGGGAUGUGCCGAUUUGGUGUGAUUGUUGUCUCAAUUCUUUUCUACUGCUCUGUACUGUACCGUGCUCUCGGAUUCUUUUGUGCUACUGUAGUAAGAUGUCAAGGCAAAUAUGUAUUGCUUUGGACUCUGCAAAUUUGUUGUAUGGCUGGAUUUACAAUUGAUAUAUAAUUUGAAAAGGAGAUUUAUGCA